GGGACUUUUAAUUAUACCGGAAGUGUAACGCUUCCUGGUUGUAGUUGCAAGUCUAGCCUGUCAGGUGGCGAACCAAAAUGGAUUAUUACAAUUUAAUGACAAUAUGUGCAUUUAUUAAUUUGCUUGUUUCUAUACCACAAGCAUACAGUAAUUAUGUUGAGGACAAACAAAGCUGGACAGUUUUUAGCAGUGGUCAUACAAACAACUGGGCGGUCCUGGUCUGCACGUCUAGAUUCUGGUUUAAUUAUCGGCAUGUGGCAAACACACUGUCAGUAUACAGAAGCGUAAAGAGACUGGGCAUUCCAGACAGUCACAUCGUGCUGAUGCUAGCCGAUGAUAUGGCCUGUAACUAUAGAAACCCCAAACCAGCCACUGUAUUCAGUCAUAAGAACAUGGAGCUGAACGUGUAUGGAGAUGACGUGGAGGUGGAUUACCGUGGAUAUGAGGUCACAGUGGAGAAUUUCCUGCGAGUCCUGACAGGGCGCCUCCCCCCCAGCACCCCUCGAUCCAAACGUCUGCUUUCCGAUGACCGCAGCAACAUUCUCAUCUACCUGACAGGUCACGGCGGAAACGGCUUCCUGAAGUUCCAGGACUCGGAGGAGAUCAGCAACAUGGAGCUGGCUGAUGCCUUUGAGCAGAUGUGGCAAAAGAGGAGGUACAACGAGUUGUUGUUCAUCAUAGACACAUGCCAGGGGGCCUCCAUGUACGAGAGGUUUUACUCACCAAACCUCAUGGCCCUGGCCAGCAGCCAAGUGGGAGAGGACUCGCUCUCACACCAGCCAGACUUGGCAAUAGGGGUCCAUUUGAUGGACAAGUACACCUUCUACUUACUGGAGUUCUUGGAGGAAGUUCACCCUGCUAGCCAGGCCAACAUGAACGAUCUGUUUAAGGUGUGCCCGCAGAGUCAGUGCGUGUCCACUCCGGGUCACCGUACUGACCUGUUCCAGAGGGAUCCCGGGAGCGUUCUCAUCACUGACUUUUUUGGAAGUGUCCGCAAAGUGGAGAUCACCAAGGACACUAUCCAUCUGACGUCCUCCGUAAAGCCGCCAAUACAGAGGUCUGGUAGUGGCGAUAUGCAAAUCGAAUCUUUGACGUAUGUGGACCAACUUCCAGUGGCUGAAAUUAUUCAUCAGGUCACGGCUCUUAUUUAUUAUGACGCUGACUUCGCUUGCUACCCGCCCAGUUUGACGGAUCGUAAAGAAUCCACAGCUCCACUGGCUAGUGGCAAGGAGACCUCAGGAUCAUGGCCAGAAAUGUUCCGCCGGGCCAAUGCCCUUGGACUUCCGACCCUCCCAGCGCUGCACCAUAAAACUCCCAAGAUCUGA